GCUCGUCCGAAUUCGGUGGCGCCACGUCCGUCGGUCUCCGCCUUCUGCACCGCGACCUGGGCGGCUUCCGCCUCGACACCUUCCACUCGCGAAGCCGGCCGCGUUGUGAAGGGGCCGGGGCGGGGAGUCGGGCGGCUGUGCGCAUCCCGGCCACCUAAGAGGCGAAGAUGUCGGACAUCGGGGACUGGUUCAGGAGCAUCCCGGCUAUCACUCGCUAUUGGUUCGCCGCCACCGUCGCGGUGCCCUUGGUCGGCAAACUCGGUCUCAUCAGCCCGGCCUACUUCGUCCUCUGGCCCGAAGCAUUUCUCUACCGCUUCCAGAUUUGGAGACCAAUCACUGCCACCUUUUUUUUCCCUGUGGGUCCAGGAACCGGAUUUCUUUAUUUGGUCAAUUUAUAUUUCUUAUAUCAGUAUUCUACACGACUUGAAACAGGAGCUUUUGAUGGGAGGCCAGCAGACUAUUUAUUCAUGCUCCUCUUUAACUGGAUUUGCAUCGUCAUUACUGGCUUAGCAAUGGACAUGCAGUUGCUGAUGAUUCCUCUGAUAAUGUCGGUGCUUUAUGUCUGGGCCCAGCUGAACAGAGACAUGAUUGUGUCGUUUUGGUUCGGAACACGAUUUAAGGCCUGUUAUUUACCUUGGGUUAUCCUUGGAUUCAACUAUAUCAUCGGAGGCUCGGUAAUCAAUGAGCUAAUUGGAAAUCUGGUUGGACAUCUUUACUUCUUCCUAAUGUUCAGAUACCCUAUGGAUUUAGGAGGAAGAAAUUUUCUUUCCACACCCCAGUUUUUGUACCGCUGGCUGCCCAGCAGGAGAGGAGGAGUGUCAGGAUUUGGUGUGCCCCCUGCUAGCAUGAGGCGAGCUGCUGAUCAGAAUGGUGGAGGCGGCAGACACAACUGGGGACAGGGCUUUCGACUUGGGGACCAGUGAAGGAGUGGCCUCUGGCCCGCCCACCAGCCACUCUGCUCAGAUGAAGUUUUCCUCCCAGUGCUGGGUGUGCUCAGCAACCAAGUCUGGCAAACACUGGUGGACCUGACCCACACUGAAUGUAGUCUUUCCAUACAAGACACCAUUUUCUAAACCCUGAAGAAAAUAUAAGUGUUCCUCAAGUUCCGUGAUUCUCAUCCAAGUCCUUACUGCUAUGAAGAACAAAUAUCAACUGUGCAGAUUUCAGAAAUGACUAUUUUUUUUGGUGUCUUCUCUUCCUUUUCCGUCUGAAUAAUGGGUUUCGCUAGGUCCUGGUCAGCUGUCACCAACCUGGGCGUGUGGGGUUGGGCCACCAAAUGCUUGUCAAAAGGACUCUUACCUCUUUCUUCCACACAUGCCUCCCUUCUACUUUUCCAACCCCCAGACUUGCAGCUAGGUGAGGUUCUGCCUUUGACAAGCUUUUUUAUUUAUUGACUUUUGCCAAGGCUUGGUCACCAAAACCUUGUUCAAACCUUUCUUCCCCUUUGGUGGCAGAACUGUACCAAGAGCAGAGAAGACUGGCACAGCGGACAACGAGCUUUUUACCAGCUUUUGCCAUCACUGUGACCUGGUAUCAGUUACAGCCACUUACCACCUCUUCAGAUGCUUUUAUAAAAAAGCACCGCUGGGCCAGCAAGGGCAGCAGAUUAGUAUGAAUAAGGCAUGAAGGUGUUGCUAGGCACUUUUUCCCUAAGUUAAGUGAUCACAGCCAUAGUGGAGUUGCAUCUUACACAGGGGCUAGGUGUAAACUGCGUUGGGAUAACCCUUUGCAUCUCAUAUGUAAGGUAUACUGACCCUGGGUGUGUCCCCAGGGUAGCUGGGUUGUAUUGUGCUAGGAAGUCCCAAAUCACACUUGCCACAGGCAGGUGCUGUCUUUGAGAGGCCCUGGGCAUUGAUUCCAUUUCAUUCUCAUUCUCGAUAUAUGUUUAUUGAGUAGAGUGGUCAGAGAACUUUAGACCCUAUUUAAAUUGUCAUUUUUUGACCUCCCUCCCCCUUUUAAUGGCCACAUACUUCAGUUUAUUAUGCGGAGGGUGUCGCUCCUUGGUGUGAAGAUCAUUUCUUAAGAUCUAACGUAAGCAAAUCUAAGUGAAUCACAUAAUUUUGGGUUGUAAUGGCUUCAGAAUCAUUGUGAUUGAGAGUAUCAUUUUGAUUCACGAAUGUCCAUCAGACCAACAUAAAUACCCACAACUCCUUUCUCAUAGGUGGGCUUUUCCGUCAGACCUGGGCCUGUCACCGAAUCAAGUUUUUUGAAGGCCAUGGUGUUCUGCACAGUUUCUGAUUUGAUAGGUUUAUUCCGAAAGCAGAUGCUAGAAGCAGUGUUGAGCGGCUGCCACACUUUAGUCAUCUAAAAAGACUUUGAACAUUUCGAUCAAGUGUCUUUUCAGGAACCAUUGUGCGUUAACAGGAUGACUUCUUCGCCCCGCUCUUGAACCGUGAUGUGUGUGAUCCAAGAAAGUGGGCAUUGAAAACAGCUCCUCCUCUUUAAUCAACUUUGUUUGUGUGUACUUUUCCAUAUUUAAUUUAUGUGGUAAAAUAGGAGGUGGGGAGAAUGUGAACCUUAACUGUCCUAUGUUCUGCUGUUGACCUGUGGCCACAAUAAAAUGCACUUGUAAAAUUUAGAAGCCAUUUUCCUGUUAUGUUGCAUGUGCACUCAGUGCAGGGGUGGAGGCUCACUGCAAAGAUUCUCGUGGGCAGCGAGCUGGAGUCUGCUACGCCCUCUUAGCAACUCGACGGCCCGAGAGCAGAAGUUUUUCUACAGGUUGUUACAUAAUUCUUCAGGUCAAGGCAAAAUGUUCAUGAAAUUCUUCCUCUUAUACAUGUUUAGGAAGCUGGUAAUUUUACUAAUCUUGUCUGGAUUACCUACUCUUGGGAAUAAUUUUAGCUAAGCAAGCUAUUUGAGAUUUGAUUUGGCAAGGCAAGACGUGACAGUGGAUUCUCUUUAUGAAUGAAAAAUCCUUAUUUUGUGUAGAGAAAUUCCCUUUUUGUAACUAAUCAUUUUUAUUGGUAAAAAUUGUAAAUUAAAAUGUACUACUUGA